GAGCAGCUUGACGGAUGCAGAGAUAAAGCAGAGGAGGAGGAGGAGGACGAGGGAAACGCAGAUUGCUGCAAAUUCAGGCUUCAGCAGCUGCAGCGUCAUUCUCACUCCACCAAAGGACCGUCCGAGCCGUCAUGCUGAGGAAGGGCUCGGAGCUGCAGAGGGGGGACAGAGAGGUCCUCCUGGACCUGGGGGGUGAUGUGGAAGAAGCACAAACCACAGACAGCUACGGGAGUCUGCAGAAUGGGGUCUUCAUCCCACCGCGAUAUUUUUCAUCUGCUGCCGCUGGUGAAGAUGCGGAUGGAGAGGGUCGCGUUUAUUUUCAUAGCAAUAGAAGAUGUGACCAGCCAGUUCCACAGCAGGGGAAUUACUUCAGAGACGGGAAAACUAAAAUUGAUUUCGUGCUGGUGUGGGAGAUUCGCUCCAGGAGGAAGCGGCGAGGGAAGGGGAAGAGUGAGGUGGCCGGUGGCGACGGGGAAAACCUUCCCAGUGAGGAGAGCAGCCGGUCCGAACGAAGGAAAGCACAACUGGCUCAGUGGAGGGAGAAGUUUGUUGAGAAUCUUGAAAGUGUGGGACUACUCAUGGAAAAGGAGGAAACAGCAAAUGAGAAGAAAACCAUUCAUUUUCUAAAACUUCACGCUCCCUGGGAUGUUUUGGUGUUUUAUGCAGAAGAACUUUGCCUUAGAGCUCCAUUACAGGCACAGCCACAUCUGGACUUGAACACCUCUGCUCGGGUAUUGAGCAGACUAUGCAUACCUAACGUGAUGAAGGAGUCGGUGCCCAACAGGCCCCUGGAUUAUUACACAUGUGCCUUUCGUAACUCGAAGAUGAACAGAUUUCUCGGCUGCGAAAACCGUGAAACUUACUUCAAUAACACGCAAAGACAACGUGUCGUGUACGAGAUCCUCGCUCGGGCGGUGUACGGGAAGCGGAAGAGGGCUGAGGUUGGUGUGGAGAGACUGGUGAAUGAAGGAGCAUAUUCAGCAGCUUUCCCCCUGCAUGAGGGCCCUUUUGAACUUCCCAAGUACGAGAUCAGUCCUGACGAGCUGAACCAGCGGCAGGUUCUUUACUACUACUGGGCCCGCUGGUGGAAGUGGUGCAAGUACCAACCGCUGGACCAUAUCAGGGAAUACUUUGGAGAGAAGAUCGCGUUCUACUUUGCCUGGCUGGGUUUCUACACUGCCUGGCUGCUGCCGGCAGCAGUGAUGGGAACUCUGGUCUUUGUUUCUGGAGUCAUGUCCAUGAGCUCCAACACACCAGCGAAGGAAAUCUGUGACAGUGGUGGAAGUUACCUGAUGUGUCCUCUGUGUAAAACAUGUAAGGCCUGGAACAUGUCUGAUAUCUGCACCAUGGCCAAGCUGGGAUAUUUAUUUGACCACCCAGGCACUGUGUUCUUCAGCGUGUUCAUGUCCUUCUGGGCUGUAACCUUUCUGGAGUACUGGAAGAGAAAGAUGGCCACCCUGGCCCACCACUGGGACUGCAUGGACUUCCAUGAAGAAGAGGAACGUCCUCGGCCAGAGUUUGCAGCCAUGGCCCCGACUAUGGAGGAGAAUCCAGUGACGGGUGUCAAAGAGCCCUAUUUUCCAGAAAAGACCAGAUUGUCUCGCAUGUUCACCGGCUCGAUGGUCAUCAUCAUGAUGAUGUGUGUGGUGAUGAUCUUCCUGGUGACGGUGGUCAUGUGCCGCGGCAUCAUCAGUGUGAUGAUGUUCCGCACCGGGAGCCCUGUGCUGCGUACCGAGGCAGGGACCAUAGCCAACAUCUCCAGCAGCAUCGUCAAUCUGGGCCUGAUCCUGCUGAUGGGACGGGUCUACACCGCUUUAGCUGAGCAGCUAACAAAGUGGGAGAUGCACAGGACACAGACCCAGUAUGAAAACGCCUUCAUCUUCAAGGUGUUCAUCUUCCAGUUUGUAAACUUCUACUCAUCCCCCUUCUAUGUGGCUUUCUUCAAAGGAAGGUUCGUGGGUUAUCCCACCAACUAUGGAACCUUGUUUGGGAUGAGAAAUGAAGACUGCGGCCCCGGGGGCUGCCUCAUCGAACUGGCUCAACAACUCUUCAUCAUCAUGGUGGGAAAGCAGCUCAUCAACAACAUCCAGGAGUUCAUUUUACCAAAGGUGAAGGCCUGGCAGCAGAAGCGGACUUUGGCCAAGGUGUUGGGGAAAAAGUCCCAGGAGCCUCGGCGCUGGGAGGAAGACUACCAGCUGGUGGAGUGUGAAGGCCUCUUUGAAGAAUACCUGGAAAUGGUGCUCCAGUUCGGCUUCAUCACCAUCUUCGUGGCGGCGUUCCCCCUCGCUCCGCUCUUCGCCCUGCUGAACAACUGGGUGGAGAUCCGCCUGGACGCCCACAAGUUCGUGUGUGAGUACCGGCGGCCGGUGGCCGAGCGCGCCCAGAACAUCGGAGUGUGGUUCAACAUCCUGGAGGCCCUGUCGCACCUGUCCGUCAUCGCCAAUGCUUUCCUCAUCGCCUUCACGUCCGACUUUUUACCACGCCUGCUCUACCAGUACAAGUUUGACAACGAUCUCAAUGGAUACGUCAACUUCACCUUAGCUCACGCCCCUCUGAACUACACAGAGUACCCCAUGUGCAGGUACAAGGCGUUCAGAGACAAUGACGGGAACCACACACUGUUCUACUGGGAGCUCCUCGCUGUCAGGCUUGGUUUUAUCAUCGCAUUUGAGCACGUGGUGUUCUUCGUCCUGCGAGCCAUCGACUGGAUCGUACCGGACGUCCCCGAGUCUUUGGAGCUGAAGAUCAAGAGGGAGCGCUAUCUGGCUAAGCAGGCUCUGGCGGAAAACCAGGAGGCCCUGUUGGUGAGUCGAGGCCGAGGGGCCGCCCAUACAUCUCCAGGCACCUCCAGCCCAGCAAGUGACGCGUCCUUUGGAAACUUGAGUUAGGACUCUUCCCAGGAAAAGCAGCAGCAGGAGGGAAUUUUGGAGGAGUAAAAGACGCUCAUUCACAUCUGGGAAAACAGGAAUGAACUUUUUUUUUUUUUCCUCUGGGUGGGAAAAUGUCUCUGCAGUCACGCCGUUCUUUUUGCUUAAUUCAUGCACAUGUGCCAGCAAAGAUAAUAGUUGCAGGUGUGAUAACUUACCUCAGCUUACCAAUCUUAUUUUUAGAGGAGUUAUUCCACAGCAAUUUCACGUUCUUUCUUCAAUAGCCUGGCUACUUACAAGUCACCAGUGUUUUUCGCUGUUGGAGAAAGGAGGUGUAGUUGCAAAAAAUAGAAACUAUGCACAAAAAUUAAAGUAGAUUAUAUUUACCAAAAAUGCUUCCGGGGGAUAAAUCUUCUGUCUUUGGAUCCUCCCAUUUUUUCGCCACUGUUGAUUAGAUUUUCUUUGUUUUUGAUGCUAUUUGGUGGUUUUGGAUGAUUGAAGCCAGGAGCUUCAGUAACUUGUCAGCAGAGAAAACCUAUUUGGCAUCGGCAUAAAACUCUAGCUCUGGUGUUCAUGCAGCAAAUGCAUCUUUUUUUAAAAGAAAAAGAGAAAUGACAAAUUUCUUUAAGUUUCGUGUGUAGUAGGUGUACUAAUAGUCUAUCCUGCUGCUCCUUUAGCAGGAGUUUCCACAGCAAGUCAUUGCACCUAGAAUGAAGUAGUUUUUACAGCCGAUGUUCCUCUUGCCACAAACAGAAUACUGGGGCUUUGAUCAUCUCAGAAAAUGUGAAUCAUGAUUCGCUCAAGACUUGCAGCAUGCUGUUGUUCAUGUUAUGAGACUGUUUCCAGCUUCUGUGGGGUCCAGUCAGAGUUUAACAUACGUACAGAGACCUGAGGUCUAAAAUCCAGGCAUUAAACAGAAUUUAUGUGUUUUUAAUAUGCAAAGUGGAUCAAGAUUACAAACUGUGUUGUUUCUUAGAACUUGGAUUUAGAAUGCAGGAUGAAAAAUCUGGUUUCACAUAAUUUUCUUUCUUUUAAUAGUUUUUCAUGUGUAUUUCACUUUGAUUUGCUGAGAUGUGGUCAGCCACAGAGAUCAUUAAACCUCGGUCUCUCGAGGCUGCUGUUGUACUCAUGUCAACAAAAGAGACUUUUGUCCAAACUGAUCGGCGUGUUCCUUUGAAGUGUGUUAACAUCGUGUCACGUGCUUUAUGGCGAGCAUUGACUUGAGGUCAAGGUGCAAGCUCCUUUCACCACAAGCUGAUACUGUAAAGUGUCAAAGAACCGACCGUCUUCUUUUUGCUUCGACGUGUUAAUUUUUAAAAAGUUGUGAUUGUGAGCAGACAGUGUUGUCGCUAAUCUCUCAGAUUAUCACUCCUCAAAUCAAAGCAUGCCGCUCUCUACUACUUGAAUGCUCGGCUCAGUAUUCAUAGGGAAUAUUACAGCGAGUAGCUAAUGUACAAAAUGUAAACAGGAGCAAAAUAGUACCUCAGUUUAGGAGAUAUUUUAUGUGUGAGAUGUUUUGCAUUUUAGGAAUUUUAGAGCAAAAAUAAAUCUAGUUUGAUGAAUGCAAAUGCCUCCUG